UCCUCUCUCCUCGCGCCCGCAUCCCCGCCGCCGCACACCUCUCUUCCCUCUCCUUCUCUCCCUGCACUGCCGGUUGAGAGCGGGAGCGGCGCCGCCGCAGGUGGAGCACGUCGCGAGCGCCGAGGAGCGUCGUUGCCGGUGGAGCCGCAGAUCCGCCGUCGUCCAUCCCGGCCGCUUCCUUGGCAUCAUCUGCGGCCACCAGUCACCGUCGUCUCCUCCUCGCCUCGUCCACCCGCUCGAUGCACCGUAGAUCGGACGAAGAUCCGCCGUCGUCCGUCCCAGACACUUCCUCGGCAUCGGCGGAGGCCACCGGCGUUGCAGGAUGGCGGCGGGCACCGGCGUUGCAGUAUGGCGGCGCUGGGCUGUGGAUUUGGUUGAGGUCCUCCCGUUUCUGGAAUUACCACGUCAGGUGGAUGCGGCUGCUUUUGUUGGCCUGCUGUUUGGUUUGAAUCUUGAUGACUUUGGUCUGUUCCAUCCUCCUAUUUACCGGUGUAGCUGCCAGUUUAUGUGUAUCCAUAUAUCGAUAGAGCCAAAGAAACAGUACGGAUACAUCUGUAGGAAGAGAGGGAGUGUCCUCUGUUCCAUCCUCGUGCGUUUGAUCAGGUCGAAAAUAAACCCUCUGUACUAAUUGUAGCCACACAGUGAUAGAUGUACCUGUUUAUUUCGCUGGUCAGAGAUCAGCCCAUAUUAUCUUAUCUUAGUUUCCAUCAAGG